CAAACACAUCUAGAGUUCUGUCUUUUUCACAUUCGGUGGUGCGAGAUUUUGGUUACUCUCAAAAAUGGCAUCAAUUUCUACCGCGGACCGAACAAGACGGGGAUUAUUAUUGUGAGUGGUGAAGAAAAAAAAACCGUCGGACCUGUGUGUGCGGAUAAUUAGGUGUAUUUCUCGAACAGUAAAGUAGUUUGUGCAAAACGUCUUCGCAGGAGUAGUUUCCUUUCGCUGACAGUAAGAAGAAACCCUUUUGAGGGAGUGGAAUUUGCGUAAUUUCGAGUAGUUCCGGAUUUGAGCAGUUUAUUGUAAGAUAUCGAAGGUAGAAGCGAAACGCGAAGGAGGAAAAAAUCCCGUCCCGUCCUCCGUGAAAGUUGUGUGCGCAAGAGGCGAGGCAAAAAUUGAUCCGGGAGUGCUAAGAAGAAGGUGCCACCACCAGCAGAAAAGGCAGAGAAGCAAGAAAACGGAGGAUUUUUUUAUCGAUCGUUCGUGUUUUGUUGUUUUUUCUUCCUGCAAUAGUUGGGAACUGCACCUGCCUGCAGAGCUGUUCGGGAACUGGUGGCCAAUUGCGUGUGGGGGCCGGAGUCGUUUAAAGAGUGACCAGGGAACACGGGAUUUGUCCGCCUAUCGUCUGUGUGUCAAAGUUAUCGUGAAUCGAAAAAAAAAACCUCCGGAGGAGUGUGCAAAAGUGCGAAGAAAAGAAAAACGGAGAAUCUCUUUGGUGGCGUAGCAUGUGCUUCGAAAAUCCGACCAAAUUUUACUUUGCCGAGCAGGGUGCCUGAAGAAGAACCACCGGAAGAAGGCAACGGGUGGAAAAUUUUUGAUUACCAGUCGAAGCGGCCAGCAGCGGAAGGCAAUUCAGCCAGAUUCUUAUUGCAUUGUUGGGGAUCGGGUUCUCGGGCAGCGGUGCCUCACACACACCCCGAGCGCAGCGGCCAACGCACGUAAACAGACAGCGGUUAGCAGUUCGCUUCUCGUAGGCUACACCAGAGAAAUAAAGUUACCAUCUGGGGGUACCUUUGACCACCAUUAGCCACCCACCUGGUCCAACGACAGUUGAGGAAUCUCUAGCUAGCUAAUUAGAUUAACCCAGACCACGUGAGAAUGAUCGAACUGUGAUCAUACCGUAUCCGGCCAGGAGGAUACUUAUCUUCAUCAGCGAAUCUCAAGCCUACGACCACAAUUAGGUUUAAUAGUUUGAACACAUCUCUCUGUGAUUUAACCGUGCGAUAUUGCAUUUCAUUUGUAUUUAUAUAAAAUUCGAAUGUUGAUACGUUGUUGCAUUUUAGUUUUUGUAUGUAAGUGUUUGAAUCUGUGAAAUUAUUUUACUCGUGCCCUCCAUUGCCGAAAGGAAACAAGUGUAGUGUUCCAAGGGAAGCUCUUUCGAAUUCCGCAGUGAGAGGAUUGAGGAAACCCUGAAGGUCCAGCUGUGUACGUAGUGUGAACAGAAAAGCAACAACUAAAAGAAGAAAAAACGAAGAGUUUCUCAAGUAAGAGUCAGAAUCGCCGGUCGAGUCUGACCGACUGACCGAAAACUGCUCGACUGGACACAGACAACUGCGAGGAGGCAGGGGUGACGACGAAGGAGGAGGAGUCUAUUAGGUGUGGUAGCGUGGUUGCGGCUGUUCGACAAGUUGACGACCGGAAGCGAUACGAUGGACAGUCCCGGCGCUGUGGGAAGGCGUCGUGGAAACUCGCGAAUCAAUGCCGAAGAUCAAGCGCUCGACCAAAUCGCCAAAGAGGCGGAAGCCCGAUUGGCAGCACGGCGGCAAGCACGUGCGGAGGCACGUGAGAUUCGGAUGCGAGAGCUGGAGCGGCAACAGAAGGAACUGGAACAGAAUGCCGACCGCGUGUUCGACCUGCAGCAGCAGUCCUCCGGGUUGUCCUCGCUGGGGGACAUCUCGCUGGGAACACGAUCCACCCGCCUCACGGUCAACAACACGGUACGGGGCAGCUCGCUGUCCUCCCGGAGGAGCAGCGAGGACUCGCUCGAGGAGGAGGGACGAAGUCUGCGGGACCUGCGGCAUGAACUGAGGGAUGUGGAGGACCGGUUCCGAAAGGCGAUGGUCGCCAACGCCCAGCUGGACAACGAACGUGCCUCCCAGAACUAUCAGAUCCAGCUGUUGAAGGACAAACUGGAGGAGAUGGAAGAAUCGCACGCCCAGCUGCAGCGAGAGUUCAAGGAGAAAUGCCGGGAUCACGAUGCCUUAAAGCGGGCCAACGACAAGUUGUCCGAAGAACUGAAGCUGGUCCAGGGCCAGCUGAACGAGCGGGAUACGCUGAUCGAGGAGCAGGGCCUGGUGAUCGUGACGGUCGAGAACGAAGACGGUAGUGAUGCACGGCGCGCUCUAGUCACAGCAGAGAAUGCACAACUCCUAAAGUCCGCACAGGGUUCCUUAGAUGUAAGACUCAAAAAGUUCUCGGAAGAGAAACAGGAACUUCAAAACGAAGUUCAGACGUUACAGCAGCAACUGAACGACAUCAAAUCAAAAGGCAGAAAGUAUAGUUCCUUCAACGGGGCACUGGAUGACGACGAUUAUGAAGAUGCACAAAGAGAAGCCAACAAGCUGAUCACCGACUACAAGUAUAAGCUCGCGAAAGCGGAACAGGAAAUCGCUAACCUGCAGGCCAGUCUAGCACGGUCCGAGUCCCAAGUGAUACGGUACAAGAGCACGUCCGAAGCGGCAGAAAAGGCCGAAAGCGAUCUCAAGAUCGAGAGGAGAAAACUCCAACGAGAGAACCGCGAAUUCAUGGACCGUUUGGAGGAGCUAGAAACUUGCAAUAACCACCUGCUGAAACGACUGGACAAGCUGAAGAAUGCAAAAAGUGCAUUGCUAAAAGACCUUUGAUAGAGACAUAAAAGUUCAUACCCGCAUUCACAAAAAAAAUCCCCUCAUCGUCGUUCCCUGUUAAAAAUGUGCACCCGAAAUUACUUCAUCUUCCAAACUGUAUGGUUCCAUUAUUCAUGAUCACAGAUUGUAAAUUGUGGAAAUGAUCUCCCGUUUCCGAUCUUGUAUGUAUUUUGUAAAUGUUUUAUUUUUCACAUAUUUUAGUAGUGAGUGUUGAAAGGAUUCAGUUUUAGGUACCGCAAAAUCGAAACGCUUGGCAAAAGUUUUUUCAAGUACAGUGCAUAAUAAAUUAACCAGCUUUUCGCAGUUCACUCCAUGACACCGGCAGAAAGGAGACGACACCCUAACUCCUAACCCAAAAUUAGCUACAGCUUGGUGUGUACAGGACAGCCAACAGGUGUAACAGUUGUUGUAAAAUGCAGUAAAAUGUUUAUCGAUUGUACACACACAUCCAAAUGAUACUAGAAUUUGCACUUACCAGUAAGUAGGCUUGUAUAGUAAAUUUAUUAAAAAUCAAACAAAUAUAGACAGACCGUUUAGUUUAAUAAAUUGGAAAACCAUUAAAUCUGUGUACUUGACAGAAUAUAGUGUAAAUUGAUACAGCAGAGAUUAGGCUCAUAUUUAGGCAAAAGAAAUGAGAUAAUUGUAAAAUUCUGCGAGUAGUAGUUAAUUAUUGAGCAUGAAACCAAUUUUAAUAUUUAAUUUAUUGAAGAGAAAUUAACACCUCCUAGCUGACAUGGAAGGUGCCUCACUUGGCAAGAGGUCAUUUGUCAUACCGUAUCAUGCGAAACUUUCAUCUGCCAAGUGUCGCCAAAUGUCACGUCAUAUUUCAUCGAAAAAGAUCUAAAAAAAAGUUGCCAAUAUGCAAAAAUAGCUAUAGGGGCAGAAGAGAGAGUUGCCGUUUAGUGAAGGCAAUGCACAUUGUUUGUAAAAUAAGUAAUUGCCAAAUUUAAAACACAAGAAAAUGCAUCCUGUCAUCAAGCGUGUCAGAAGAAUAUCAAGCAUGAGACGUUGACGGUUGUCAUCGGUCAGAAAACUAAAACUAACAAAGGUAAGUUGUUAAACCAGUUACAUUUACACUGUUGUUUAAAUUAUGAACCUUAUGAAAUGUAUACUAGUUUUUUUCGUUAACCUCUAAAACACUGCAUAUUGAUGAUGAUUAUUUUGGUUCCUGGUAGUAACCUCAUUACUUCAAUUACGCCUUCCUAAUUUGUUAACUAUUUUGUAAAUCUCUCUUUUCGUAACCACACAAUCAGUCACCAUUUUUUUUAAUCGAAUAGAGAAACCUUUAUCAUACUCCUAAAACUGCCAUAUGUAUUUUGUUUGUUUUUUUUUUACAAUUGGAUUACGGUAGAAACCUAUCACCUAUACGUUGCGCCAACGAUUAGAGUAUCUGCAAAAUCUAAUUUGUACAUUUUUUGAUCGGAAUCAGAUUUCCUUCCUAAAAAAAUAUUAAAAUAUGCAAAAAUGAACGAUUGCGAUGUCGUUGUUUUCGCUUAGCUUCUAUGCACAUCUUAGAUCAACAAAAUGUAAAAAACUCACAGCAAAUAGUGUAAAAGAAGAAACCAGAAACAUGUUGCACUUUAUCGUUGGAUCAAACAACUUGACCCUCUGUAGGAAACCAAUCUAUCCAAAACCCUAAUUGCUCUGACAGGCCGCCGUAUGAUAGAAGUACCACCAACCUAUGUUAGGCAGCGCAAAACACACACAAAAACAAAAUAGUGUAACAAUAAAACAGCAACGUGUAACAAAGCAAGAUUUGGAACGCAAAAGAAGAAAAAUGUAAAAUAAACUGAUUCAAGCA